CUGGCGCCGCUGCCGCCCUCCAGCCCCCUGCUGCAGACACUCUCCUGCAGGAGAUGCGUGGAGGUGUGCAUGAGCGAGGAGGAGCGCUGGCUGUCGCAGGUGGAGAUAGUGACGCACGCGGGCCCGCACCGCCGCCUCUGGAUGGGGCCGCAGUUCCUCUUCAAGACGUACAACUGCACAGGGUCCGUAACCAUAUACUGCCGAGUACUGUCCCCUUACACAAAAAAUGUAGAAGUUAGUUUAAGUAACGAUCUCGGUAAAGAGGAGAUGGAAUGCAAGCGCGAUGUACGUGUGGGUUCCUCGGCGGACGUCGAGUUGGAGCGUGAGGUUACAACUAUAUCACUGCCAAAAUCGAAUAGGUCGUCGGAUGAUAUUCAACCGACGGCCCGAAUUAGAUGUAAGAAAUCUCCCACCAAAUUACCAGUUAGUGAGAAAGCUGCUAGUGACAUUAGUUUUAAGGAUAAUAAAAAACCAGAUGUUGAUAAUAAAUCAACAAAGAAAGACAGAGAAGAGAAUAAAUCAAUUGUAGGUAUCAAAAAUAGGAAUGAUAAUCCUAUCAAGAAAAGUGAGACUACGGCAAGAAAAUCGAAAGAACUCUUAGACAAAAAAGAAUUGAAGCAAGUAACAGAAUCAAUACUAGCCCCGCAUAACUUUGAUCUUAAAGCAGACAAACAUUGUGAUAUAGAAGCGAAACCAAUUUCAAGCGGAGUAACAGAAAUAAAAAAGACUUCUAUACCAGAGUUUGAUACUGAACCGUUAAAUGUAAUUAAAGAAAAGCGUAUUACAGAAACUAUCAGCAAAAAUGAGACGAAAGCUUGGGAUGUGGUUUCAAAUGAAACAAAGGACAUAACAAAAGAAUCUGUUUUGAUUACAAAAGAAAAUGAAGAUAAUAAAAUUAAAAUUAAGAAAAGUAGAAAAACGCGAAAGUCUCAAGAAGAUACUAAUACAAAAGAUGAUGAGGAUAGUUUUGUAGAAAUUCACAAUAUAGAAGAAGACACGCAAUCGGCAGAUACGGGCGAAUUAGUUUCUAUUUCUUCACCAUUCGAAGAGUAUGACCCAUCGACCUCUUUCUUAUCUAAAAAUAAGAAGUCACGGUCUCCGAAAAUUAAUAUACACGAUAAAAAUGAUUACGAACAAAAUCUGGAAGAAGCUAUACAAGAAAUUAAGCCAAUGACUAAAUCCAAAACGCAAAAUCAACCCGAUCUAAACAAAAGUGAAUUUGAUUUACUAUCUGAUUAUAGAUCCUUUAAAAAAGAAAACACAAGAAAAGCAUCGGCAGUAGAAAUAGUGAAUGUCGAAACUACCGAAGGUAAGUUAGAUGAAAUUUGCUCAAUAGGUAAAGAAAAAACAACAAAAACAAAAUCACAAUUACCAAGUAAUGUCGGGCAACCAGAAGAAAUAUCUGCAUCCGAAUCUAAAGAAGUUUACGUUAUAAAUACAACAGAAGACGAUUAUCCUGAUAUUCAAAUUACAAGGGCUAAUAAACCACGUAAAAAAUCACCUCAACCUACCAUAGAUACAAGCAAGGAAAUUAAAACAACCGUUAAACCGCCAAUAAAGUCUUGGAGUACCAUAGCCGCAUCUAAAAAUGUUAAAAAACCAGAAACAGAUAAAAAUGUAGUUCCGAUAGAGACGACUAUUAAAAAGAAUGUAGAAGAUGACAUGAAGUUAAAACGAGAAGCACAAACAUCUACAAUUGUGGAAACAUCACUUCAAGAGAAGUUAGCUGAGCUUUGUAAAAGGACAGAUAUUAUAGUGGCAGAAUGUGGUGAGCCUUCGGGUUUAAAUUUUGUUGAAGAACAUCAUUCGGUAAUUCAGGAACUUCCACCAUUAGACGGUAUGGGAUUCGGAUUAGAUGAAUUCAAACUAGAAGUCAUGAAAGAUAGCUUGCUUGAAGUAGCAGAUGUAAAAGUUGAAAGUCCAAUUUGCAAAAUCAGCCUUGACGAUAUACUCUUGUCGAUGAAAGAAGCUAAAGUUAUCGACUCUAAUACAUUUAAUUUGAUCGAUAUUGAAAAAUCGCCUGUAAAGAAGGAAAAAAGUUGUAGUGUGAUAGAAACUGAUAAAAUUACCUCUCAAGAAGUAAAGAUCGAUGAAGAAGGUAAGUCAGAGAAAGACAAAGAAGUAAUGGAAAAGUCAUCUGAUGAUGAUGUGACGUCACCAGUUUUGUCUACAGACAGCGAUAAGGACGACAAGAAAGGUACUGCAAAUUUAAUUCAGUCUUCGCCAAAGCAAUCUAAAUCUAAAAAAUCACGUAGGAAGAAAAAAUAAUAGAAAAUGUGUUCAGAUAUUUGAGCUUCUAUUUUAACUUAGGCUAUGAAAACGGAUAUUCGAAACUGCUGCUAUUAGGCAAGUAAUAAUUAGUUAAGUGUGGCAAUAAUAAAUAAUGCACAUGUAAAAUUAAAAAAAAAAUCAAAAACUUUAAACUGUGUUUAUUGCGUAAUAAUAAUUAUGUAGGACAAUUAUAUCGCCUGUUUUGAGAAUUAGCGGUAUCUUAUCACAGUUUUAUCACAAAAAAAAAAUCUUAUAAAAAAUAUAAAAAUGUAGCAAAAUAACAAAAAAGGUGAAAGGAAAAUAACU